AUGUGUCUGGAAUUUGGAAUUUAAAAAUGUAAUUAAAUAGUGAAGAUUGAAUAACAAAUAUUAGAUAUAGAUAUUUUGGAUAAACUGAUUAGAAAAUUUUAAGAGUUUUGUUAUAAAAUGACUAUUUAUAAGAGUAUAAUUUGGAUUAUAGGGGAAAAAUGUUUUACUUAUAAUUGGAUGAUAAAAAAGACAAAAAUUGCCAAUUAAAUUGUUGUAAAUAUAAUCUCCAACACUAAUAUACUUAUAUUCAUACUCAAGAUAAUUAUUUAUAUGGAUAUUAUUGAGAAAUUAUCCUUAUAUAAUAACAUUCUCUGGUGAUGACAAAACAAUAGUAAUUUUCAAUUUGAAGUCAAAAGAAAAAACUUUUUGAGAAGAAGACAGCAAAGUUACACAAAGCAAUAGGAUUACUCUAACAGGAUAAACAUAUUAUAUUCGGUAGUUAUAACACAAAAAUUAAGAUUUGUGAAAUAUCAACAAGAAUAUGUUAAAUGGUCAUACAAAACCUAUUUUAUAUCUAUAAGUAUUAUAAUAGACUUAAUCUAUGAUUGUAAAUGUAGAGGAGGAUAGUGUAAUUAGAAGAAAUUUGUUAUGUUAAAGGGUAAAAUGAAUUAGAAAUAUGGUUAUUUUAGACCAUUUAGCAAUAUUGUACAAUUUUAAGUGGAAAUAAGAAAAUAAAAAUAUUAAUUAUUGUGA